GCGUCACAGACUACAAUUCCCAGCAUGCCAUACGUCCCAGCUGUGGGAGGGGUCGGAAUAAAGGAUGCAGCUUUGCACGUUGACAGCUGGAGUUUCUCGAGCCACAGCCGUUUCCUGGACUGUAAGAACGUAGCUGUUUGACCCCCAUGGAACGUUCCUGCCCUUUAAACCUGUCUAAGUGGGGCUUGUUCCACGCGCCUCCCCAUGAGCGUGGUUGACAGUGGUAUAGUCCGGAUUCCGGAAGUGCCUGUCAGGGAAGGACCAAUAGGAAACUAGCCCGAGAGGAAUUCAAACCCUGGCGGCAGUUGGAGACGCAGGCGGUAGCUGGUGGACGCGGUUGGGGUUGUGGAGCCGAGAAGGGCAACGGUUUGUUCCAACGGCGUGAGGCACAGCGGGGCGAUGGCGGACGAGGGAGCCGUGACGGUCUGCGUGCGGAUGCGGCCGCUCAUCGCCAGAGAAAAUGAAGCAUCUGGAGAUAAAAUACAGCUUCACUGGAAAAGUGAAAAUUGUACAAUUUUACAAGUGGAUGGUACAAGAACUUUUAAUUAUGAUUGCGUCUUUCAUUCGAAUGACAGCACCCAACAAGUAUAUGAAGGUGUAGCUGUUCCAAUUAUAAAGUCUGCUGUCCAAGGAUAUAAUGGCACUAUUUUUGCCUAUGGGCAGACUGCCUCAGGAAAAACAUAUACAAUGAUGGGGAGUGACAAGUCUAUGGGCAUUAUACCUAAAGCAGUUCAGGAUGUCUUCAAAAUUAUUUGUGAAAUUCCAGGUAGAGAGUUUCUGUUGAGAGUUUCCUAUAUGGAAAUAUACAAUGAAACCAUAACAGACUUGCUCUGUGACAGCAGGAAAAACAAACCUCUAGGAAUUCGAGAGGACUUUAAUAGAAACAUCUACGUGGAAGAUCUGAUCGAAGAGGUGGUUGUUAAUCCAGAGCAAGUCAUGGAAUGGCUCAGAAAAGGAGAAAAAAAACGACACUAUGGAGAAACAAAAAUGAAUGAGCACAGCAGCCGUUCUCACACCAUUUUCAGAAUGAUUAUAGAAAGUAGGGAAAAUGAUCCUGCCAACACGAACUGUGAUGGAGCAGUAAUGGUAUCUCAUCUGAACUUGGUAGAUCUGGCAGGCAGUGAAAGAGCUAGCCAAACAGGAUCAGAAGGUCUUCGACUCAAAGAAGGAUGUAACAUAAACAGGAGUCUGUUCAUCUUGGGUCAAGUGAUCAAGAAACUCUGUGAUGACCCAUCUGGUUUCAUAAAUUAUAGAGACAGCAAGUUGACACGAAUUCUCCAGAACUCCUUGGGAGGAAACGCUAAGACAGUUAUCAUUUGCACAAUUACGCCAGUUUCGUUUGAUGAAACUCUUAGCACCCUUCAGUUUGCCAAUACAGCCAAAAGAAUGAGGAAUACUCCAAAAGUCAAUGAAGUCCUGGAUGAUGAUGCCCUUCUGAAACGAUAUCGCAAGGAAAUAGUGGACUUGAAAAGGCAGCUGGAAGAAGUUUCUUCAAAGACUCAUCUCCAUGCGAUGGAGAAAGACCAACUAGCCCAGCUGUUAGAAGAAAAAAACUCUCUUCAGAAAAUACAAGAAAAUAGAAUACUCAAUCUAACUGAAAUGCUUGUCACCUCCUCCUCGUUUACAUCCCAGAAAGAUCUUAAAGCCAAAAGAAAAAGAAGAGUUACUUGGGCCCCUGGGAAAAUAAAUCAAGGGGACAUCAGCUAUUUUGCAAAUUUUGAAAAGCUAAAGCCAACUGAUGCCAAAAAAAUGAAAACAUUGGCAGAGAAGCUUCCAGAGAUGGAGGAUUCUAUGUUUUCAGAGUAUUCUGAAUAUGAUUAUCUGCCUACCCCUGAUGCAGUCUCAGAAAGCGAAUGGAAUUCUGGAGCGAAUAUGAACUGGAGUCAAAAAGACUUUGCAGAUUCUGUCCAACUCUGUGAAACACUAGCACUAGAAAAGGAUAUUGCUAGAAAUGAGGUGGAUGUCCUGCAAGCUAACUUUGACAACCUAGUAUUAGAAAACGAACAGCUGAAAUUGGAGAUAAGUGAAUUGAAGGAGAAACUGAAGGAAAAGAUAGAAACAGAUGAAUUUGAGGAACUGGAAAAACAAACCCAAAAAGACUAUGAGAUACAACUAAUACAUGAAAUUACCAACUUACAGAAUAUAGUUAAAAAUGCUGAAGUAUACAAUGAAGAUCUGGAGACUGAACUAAAAUCAAAAUUGGAACAGCUUAAAGAAAAAGAAAAUCAAGUAAAGGAUUUGCAGAAAUAUGUGGAAGAACUACAGAAAGCAGGCACGGGGAAGAAAGAUGUGUCUUUUUCAAUGGGAGAUUCUGAUAAACUACUUGAUGAAAUUCAACAAAUGAGCAAGUCUCUUGUUGAUACUGAAACUGUAGCCCUGGAUGCUAAGAAAGAAUCUGCAUUUCUCAGGAGUGAAAAUCUAGAGCUAAAAGAGAAAAUGAAUGAGCUCUUAAAUGGUUACAAGCAAAUGGAAAAGGAUGUUCAAUUGUAUCAAAGGCAAUUAGAAGCAGGAAAAGUGAGCUACAAAAAAAUGCAAGUUGACUUACAGAAAGAGCUACAAUCUGCUUUUCAAGAAAACACAAAGCUAACCUUGCUCUUGGAGGGUAAAGUUCCAAAAGAUUUGUUGUCUCUUGUGGAAUUGGAAAGAAAGAUAGCUGAUUUAAAAAAUGAAUUGGAUAAAGUGUUAGAAGAGAACACAGUUUUACGAAAGGAAGUAGAUACAUCAUCAGAAUUCAGAUCUCUACCUGAUAAAGUUGAGAUGCUACAGAAACAGAUAUUUGAGAAAUCAGAGGAGUUGUGUUUAUUAACAUCAGAAAGAGAGAAGCUGCUCUCUGAAGUGGCUGAUAAGGAGGCUAGACUUCAAGGCAUGACUGAAGAAAUCAGAAUAUCAAAAGAAGACCUAGCCAGUACCCAACUGAAGUAUGUAAAGGCUGAUCAGGAGUACCUAGAGCUCAAAGGCCACCAUGAAGAACUUGAGCAAAAAUUGUUGGCUGCAUCUGAAGAAAGUGAGCAAAUGAAACACCAAGUAGAACAUCUAUCUGACGAAGCCCAAAAGCUUAAAACUAUUGUGGACAAUGUGAGACUAGAGCUCUCCAGCAAGAUCCAAGAAUUGCAAGAAAAGACUGCUGAGCAGGAACAACUUCUUGGUGUGAAAGAAGAGCUCAGUCAAGCUCAGCAGAGGUUGAGUGAAAUGGAGCAACUGAAAGAGAUAUCAAAAACUAAUGAAUCUAGAAUGGAGGCCGAGAGGAUAGAGAAACUGGCAAUUGCUCAGAAACUCCAUGAAAGUCAAGAAGAGGUCAAAAUUCUAAUCCAGGAAAGAGAUGACCUGAAGCAAAAACAAGAAACCCUUCAAAGUGAGACAGACCAACUCAAGGAGGAUAUACAGGAGACAAUUGCAAUGAACAUCCUGGCACAGGAAGAACUGAGAAAUGCGCAAAGCUCUCUCAAGCAGUACCAGAAGACUAUUGAGGAGUUGGAGAAAGAUAUUUCAGAGAAAAGAUCUGAGAUUCUAAAUGCUGAAGAUUCUCUAGGAGAAACUGUUGGUGAGCUAGAGCUCAAGAUUUUGCAGCUGACUGAAGAGCUAAAACAAGUCACUUUACAGAGAGACCAACUCCUUGAAGAAAAAGGUUAUAUUAAACACCAGGAAGAAAGUGAUCAACUUCCUUUGCUACAAGAACAAAUCCUGUCUCUUACCCAAGAAAAGACCGUAUUGCAGCAAAAGUUGGAGAGUCUACAAGUGGAAAAGAAACAGUGUGAGGAAUGCACUUCACCGAAUGCAGAGAUGCAGGAAGAACUGAGAAAUGCUUACAGCUCUCUCAAACAGCAUCAGGAAACUAUCGAGGAGUUGAAAGGAAAUAUUUCCGAGAAGGAAACUCAACUCUCCAAAGUUCAAGAGACACUAGGGAAAACAAUUAAUGAUCUGAAGCAGAAGGUCAUUCAGCUAUCUGAAAACCUGACUCUUGUCUCUUGUGAACAUGACAAACUACUAGCGGAAAAAGAACGUAUAGAACAAACAAUGAAUGAACGUAUAUGUCCGCAGCUGCAGGAGGCCUCUUCAGUUACUCAAGAGAGAGAUGAGUUUCAGCAAAUUCUAGCAUGUGUUAGAGCAGAAAGAGACCAGUUAAAGGCGGACAUAGAGGAAAACAAAGAGAGGUCUGUGAAAAUUCAGGCAGAAAUGGAAAAUCUACAGGAGGAGCUGAAAUGUCAGAAACAGCAGGUUGAUGCCCAGAAGAAUUUGAUAGUAGAGAGAGAAAAGGAGUUGUUGAAGACAGAAGAAAAACUAACAGAAGAAACAACACAACUUAAAGAGAAGAUAGAAAAGUUGAAUGAAGAACUAAACUUAGUCUCUCGUGAAAGGAAUCAAUUGCUGAGUGAACUGAGAGAAAAGACAGAGGGCGAGAAUGAACGUAUUCAGCAACUGGAGGAACAGAGUUCCUCAUUAACAGCAGAAAGAGACAAACUCCAGCACAUACUGGAGACUGUUAGAGCAGAGAAGAACAAACUCGAGGUGGACCUUCACGAAAGCAAUGAGAAGAUAGAAAAGUUGAAUGAAGAACUAAACUUAGUCUCUGGUGAAAGGAAUCAAUUGCUGAGUGAACUGAGAGAAAAGACAGAGGGCGAGAAUGAACGUAUUCAGCAACUGGAGGAACAGAGUUCCUCAUUAACAGCAGAAAGAGAUAAACUCCAGCACAUGCUGGAGACUGUUAGAGCAGAGAAGAACAAACUCGAGGUGGACCUUCACGAAAGCAAUGAGAAGUCUGUAAAAAUUCAGGCAGAAAUAGAAAAUCUACAUGAGGAGCUGGAAAAGCAGGCUGAUACCCAGAAGAACUUGAUGGUAGAGAGGGAAAGGGAGUUGUUGAAGACUGAAGAAAAACUAACAGAAGAAACAACACAACUAAAAGAGAAGAUAGAAAAGUUGAAUGAAGAACUAAACUUAGUCUCUGGUGAAAGGAAUCAAUUGCUGAGUGAACUGAGAGAAAAGACAGAGGGUGAGAAUGAACGUAUUCAGCAACUGGAAGAACAGAGUUCCUCAUUAACAGCAGAAAGAGACAAACUCCAGCACAUGCUGGAGACUGUUAGAGCAGAGAAGAACAAACUCGAGGUGGACCUUCAUGGAAGCGUGGAGAAGGUCAACCAGUUAACUGAGGCAUUAAACAGUGUUUCGCAUGAAAGACACCAGUUAGUGGCUGAAAGAACUAAUCACUAUCUCCGACUUCAAGAUCAGAUUUCAUCAAUUAAUCAAGAGAAAGAUGAGCUCCAACAAAUACUUGAAGGUGUAAAGUCUGAGAGAGACUUGCUCAAGACUGAACUGCAAAAAAAUAUUGACAUGUGCACUGAAACAAAUGCAAAACUUGAAUGUGCUCUAGAUGAAUUGAAACAGAAGAAUCUGAAUGAUGUGGCAGUUCAAGCAAAACAACCAGAUGACACAGAACUGAGACAUGCAGAUAGCAUGAAAGCAAAAGCCUUGGAAGUAAAGGAGCUUCUGGAGAAAUUCCUAAUGAUGGAGAAGAAAUAUGAGUGUCUCACUACAGUGUCUUUAAAUCUGAAAAGUGAACUCAGCAGUCAAAAAGCACUAAUAGCUGGGAUGCUGACACACCUUUCACCUGAACAGGCUAAACAAGUCAAAAGGCUUCAAACUGAAAAUGAGAAAAUAAGCAAUCAUCUCCAGAGCUUGUUGAACAAACUUAAGUUUCUGUUCAGCCGUGUUUGCCAGAAGAAGGCAGAACACUAUACUACCAUAAACAACCAUGAAAUGGAAUUGCUUGAUGAGAAGAGAAAACAGGAUGAGCUACUGUCUCAGAUUCGGUGUCUCAAGAAAACUUGUUUGAAACAGGAUGAAACAGCUUCCCACGCGUUAAAUAUCCAUGAAUUGCAGCAGAACUUGGACAUCCACAUCGAGCACAUUCUCAGAGACAUGUCAGAAACAGAAACUGAGCUUCUCAGCAUAGAGACUGAGUUACAACAGGAAGAGAAUACUAGAAAAGAAGCAAUGCAGUUUUUGGAAACAUGUUCAGGAAAUCAUUGUGAUGUAGAAAAACUUAAAGAAGGAAUAAAGCAAGGCAAUGAGAGGCUUUUACAAGUGAUUAAAUUCUGGACACCUAAAGUCAAGACACUCCUUCAAACUUCAUUGGAGAUGGAUACCAGAACUGCCAACUAUUGCAAGGACUCAGAAAUUGAACUGAAACAAAGAAAAGGGAAAACUGAGGAGCUACUUGAGCAACUGAAGACAGUUAAGGAACAGUUGGCACCUUGUGGUGUUGCUAAUCUUGCACUAGAAGAAGAAAACUAUAGACUUGGUAACCAAUUAAAAGCCACAGAACAAGAUAUAAAGAUUAUGAAAACAACAAUCCAAAAGUUGGAAGAUGCAGUAAAUGAAGCAGGAAAAAAUGUCAAGGAGAAGGAAGAAAAAAUAUCCAUGUUACAAACAGAGAUUAAAACUAAAGCUGCUGCAAGUGAACUUAACCAACUUCAGGCUAAAUUGAAUGAGACAGAGAAGUGUCUUAGAAAUGCGUUAACAGAGAAACAGACUUUCAAGGCGAAAUUAGAUAAAGGUGCCACGUUAUAUAAAGAAGAAAUUGAUCAUCUCAAAACUCAGUUGGUGAAAGCUGACAUGGAAAGAAUGAAACAAUCCAGAAUUUUUGAACAGGAAAUUGCUACUACAAAAGCUCUUGCAGAACACAAAGAGGAACAGUUAAGAAAAUUAAAAGAAGAACUGAGAAGAGCACAGCAAGAACAAGAUGUUACUGUAAUAUCAGGAAAAGAUGUUCCUCAGGAAUCCCAUAUACCCCUGACUUGUGGUGGUGGCAGUGGGAUUGUGCAGAGCACACACAUGCUCAUUUUAAAAUCUGAACAAGCUAAAUUACAGAAAGAAAACCUGCAGUUGAAGAAAAACAAUGACCUUCUAGUAAACAAUGAGCUUCAGCUGAAAGAAGAACUAACCAAAUGGAAAGAGAGAGCACUAAAAAUGAGAGCAGAAUCCUGUAGAGACACCACUAGGGAGAAGAUACAGAGGUCUCCAAGGAAGACCACACCUCGUUCAGUUAAAGAGCAAAUGCCUUCUCCCUCCAAGGAAGUUUCUUCACGAGAAAUUCUGCCUCUGGAUUCACCAAACACACUGCCUCUUACUUGUCCAAAUUUUUUUGAUAAUUCAAGCUUAGGCACACUUACAGACAUGCGACCUGCAGGAACAGAGUGUAUAGAAGAUCGCUUUAAGCACUGGUUUGGAGCGUCAGCAAAAGAUAAAGCACCUGACUGCACAACCCAGUAAAACGGCCCGUUAUUGUUCACUGUCCUUGCUAGUGAAAAAAGUCAGAGAUUGCAUAUAGAGAAGACGUGCCACAGAAGUAGCUGGUAUGUUUUAACUCUAGCCAGUGGGAAGAAGUUUUCUUGGAGCAGGAACUAAGCAAAUAACUGGAAAAGCUGGAAUACAAAAAUGUGACAAUAGUGUUGCCUGCAUCCAGCUGAUGGUGUCCCUGUAGCAGUUCUCCAUUGCUCCUCUUAUGAUGGCAAAGAUAACGAAGCCAGCCAGCUGAAGAGGAAGUGAAAACUGGAAUGGAUCACAAAUCAGAGAAUCUCUACUGUGAAACUUAUCAGUGUUAAACUUUCCCCUCUCACUCCCAAGACAAUCCUCCCAAAGGCAAGCAAUUUAAUCUUGGAAGUCCAUAAGGAAAGUGGAGAGAACUUUUUCUGCUACUCUUUUUCUAGCGUUCAGUGUUACUUCAAGUUUUAUAUGUUGACUUUUCUUGGAUGGGGAAUAGCGUUCUCAUUCACCUUUUUUUAACCAGUUUCUAUAUAAUAUUCUAUUUAUGAGCUCACAAUCAAGGCUGUGUUUUUAAAAAGUCUCUACUUCAUAUCUGCAGUGCACAGUUGAUUCUCGUCUGAAUAAUUUUAUCUUUUGUCAAUAAAGAUUGUUAUAUGCA